AUGAGUGCAGUGAUCUUCCCAGAUUCGGCGGCAAUUCAAAUCUUCUGCUGCCAAAUUAUUCUGAUCUUCUACAUUUGUGUUCAGGUGUACAGUUGGCCAUGGAAAGCUCCUAUGUUGAACAUCGUGGACUUUGUUACCUGUUUGGCCUUGGCAAUCUUGGUGGUGUUGACCGGCCUCUAUGUGCCUGAAGUCACUGGCGACACACUCCGUGCAGUGCAGACCUGCAGCAUGAUCUUGUUGGGCAUCAUCUUUGGAGUGGUUGGCCUGAUGAUUCUCUUGGCAAUUGCGGCCUUGUUCCACCGUGCUGCGAUCGGUAGCCAGCAGGAUUGA